ACAUCUUGAGAGCAGACAUACAUACGACGAGCAUAUGAAUACAUAUUUGUGAUAACUUGGACUGGAAUGCAAUAAUUAAGUGGAAUAUGAAGUGGUAUAGCACCUCUUAUUUGAAAGUUGUUCCAUUGAAUCGUAUGCAUUCAAUCUAUUGAGGUCUACGGCAAAAUGAAUUCUGUUGGAAAGAUUAUUUCGAAGACAUUUGUUAGGAGCUUGGUUGGUGUCCCUUCAAGAAUUUCUACUGUAACCACAGUUUCAUGUGGAAAAUGUCUCUUGUCAAAUUCACCUACUGCCUCAGGCUUUACUUCUGAUAACGAUUCAAUCGUCAAUGUUCUAAAAGAAUAUGGUAUUGGCAACAAGAAGAUGUUUCAAAAAGUUGCUCAGAUGCCAGUGCUGUCAAGUGGAGGGCCUGACACAUGGAAUGACCUUUUAAAAACCUUGGUACCGUUUGGCUUCAGUCCUGCUGCAGUUGUUGAGAUGGCGUUAAAACACCCCAGACUUCUGAAAAUGACUCCAGAAAAAAUAACAAAUAGGUGGUACAGCUGGGUGCAAUGCUUUCACCAAAAUAAUCUGGUUGAAGAACUUUUGACCACAUAUCCCAUGUUCUUUUCUCUAACCAAUUUCGAAGUUCAACAAAGAUGUGAUCAGCUGCGUGCUGUUAUAGGCUCAAAUAAAUUUGUGGCAAUUUUGUUAAUGAAAUGUCCUCAAAUAAUGUACCAAAGUGUCGAUGAAUUAAAAAAUGUGUCAGAUUAUAUAAGUAUCAAGAUGGUAGUUAGAAAUGCAGCAGAAUAUUACAAGUCAACAGCACUGGGAUGCACUCUGGAGGAAGUAAAAACAAGGCAUGUGUUUUUGGAGAGAUGUGGGAAAUACAAGACUCCAAACCUGAAGCAAAGUGACAAAGUUCCUACUACUAAUCCCUCUUUGUCAGAAAUUUAUGAUACGCCUGAUGAUGAGUUUGCCAUCAAGAUUGCAGGGGUAACACUUGAGGAAUUUAUUGUAUUCCAAACCAUGUUCGAUGAAGAAAUGAAACAAGCUAAAAGUGCGGAUUCCAAUUCUGACAGUGAUGAGUCUGAUGAUGAUUGAUUUAUAGCCUUAUUUGAAAAAUAAAAAUACUUCCACUUCAUAACUUAAUCUGUAUAAGGUUGAUCCCAUUUCUGAAAAUAAAUAAAUAGAUUUUGUAAAUAAA